AGUAGUGUUGCGCACGGCAGAGGCGAACGAGAGGAACAGUCGCGUGUGUGUUUCCUUCGAAAAUGGACAAGACGUAUUUUAAAUAACAGCGCGGGAUGUUCACGAAACUCGAAGAGACGCCAAGGAAAAUCAAAGACGAUCAGAAAGUCCUGUCCGUUUCUAUUUAGCCGAGGCAGACGGCGCGCAGCGGGCAUGGCGGAGGCCGGCGCUCAUCUGACCUCCAGCGGCGCGCGUGAGCGGCCGUCCGUCUUUGAGGUUUUGGCUCAGGAGUCUCUGAUGGAAGCGGUGAAACCGGCGCUGAGACAUGCGGUGGAGGUUCUUGCAGAGUCCAACCCGUCCUGCUUUGGUUUCCUGUGGCGACGCUUUGACGAGUUCUACCUCCUGCUGGAUGUCCUCCUGCAAAACCACUUCCUGUCCCACUGUAGCGCCUCCUUCUCUGAGAACUUCUACGGUCUGAAAAGGGUGUCAGGAGGGCAUGGCCCUCCUGUCGGCCUGGGCCUGCGCAGGAAGGCCCGCCGGCGCUCGCUUCUUCUCCUGUGCCUCGUGCCGUACUUGCGGGCCAAGCUGGAGGCCACGUUUGCCCGCCAAAGGGAAGAGGAGGACUUCUCCAUACGGCUGGCGCAGAGCAGGAGUCGGAGGCUGUACCGGGCGGCCGUGGCAGCCUACCCGUACGUCGACUCCGCCUGGCGGGCGUGGAUCUUCUGUCAGCAGCUGCUCUUUGUCUUCGGAGCGGUCCGCACCCACAGUCCGUUGCUGUGGCUGGCCAGGGUCCGACUGGCUCGACUCACCGAGCGAGAUAUCGGAGACAUGGAGCUCGACGCAAGAAAUAGGGGAAUCCCGCCCGGAGACCGCACGGUCCACAGAGCGUGGUGGUUGAUGUGGCAAGCAGCGAGGGGAGCGGCCGUCUCCCUGUCCACGUCCCUCUCGCUGGGAGUCUUCUUUUUGCAGUUCCUGGAGUGGUGGUAUUCGUCCGACAACCGGGCCGCCGUGAAGAAUCUCGCGUCCCUCCCUGUCCCACCGCCUCCCCUCCACCUGCACACGGCCGACCUCGAGGAGGACGGUCGGCCCGACGCGUCGGCCGACGGGACGCGCUGUCCCCUCUGCCGGAGGCUCCGUGUGAACGCCACGGCGCUGUCCACGUCGGGCUUCGUCUUCUGUUACCGCUGCGUCUACAUCUACGUGAAAGCCAACCGCCGUUGUCCGCUCACCGGCUACCCGACUGAACUCCAGCACCUCAUCAAGAUCUACUCGCCAGACGCUUAAAACAAACUUCAGGUGACUAGCGUGCGCUUGAUUUUUAGACUCUAAUAGCGACUGCAAGCCAUCUUUUCUCCCUCUGCCUUGUCAAAGCAAGAUAGUAGACCUCCAGUCGUCAUCACUAUGUGAAUGAGAUGGUACUUUCCUCCAAUGACGGGAUGCAACGUCCUCACUAUGUGAAAGUGACAUUGUAAAAUUGCUCGGAGUAUCUUUGACGUAUGACGUGACAUGAGAUGGUAGGUGCAUCAUACUAGUUACACAUCCAACCAAUCACUUUUGAACGAUGGGAUGAAUUACCAUAGUAACGAGUUAGACACCGUUGUGCUGUGUACUGUACUUUUCCAACUAAUCAUUUUACUUUGUAUCAAAUGUCAAUUAUAGUGGUAAACACUACAGGAAUGCAGUCUAAUAAUAUUACAUGUUUUUCAAAGUAUUGGGACACUAACUUCAUCCAUUACUGAAAACGUAACGCACAACGAUGUCCAAAAUUAAGGCCUUAGCUAUCCUCAAAAAAACCCACAUUAUCCUUAAAUCAGCCCUUCAUAGGUCUUAAAAAUGCCCCAGGCACAAUAAACUAAAUUAUAUGAACCGUAGUGUUUUGCAUUUUAGACCAGCGAGAGAUGCAUACGAACGGAAUCAUUUUUGUGUUCAUGUAACAUUAGCUUCAUGUAUUGGUGUUUAGCUAGGAGAAGAAGGAGAGAGGGGAAAAAAAAAAAAAAAGUCCGAGCAGGUUGAUUUGGGUAGUUGACACUGAUGCAGGCGGCACGGCGGUGACGGGUUAGCACAUCUGCCUCGCAAUUCUGAGGACCCGGAUUCAAAUCGGGAGCCACCUGUGUGGAGUUUGCAUGUGCUCCCCGUGCCUGCGUGGAGUUUCUGCGGGUACUCCGGUUUCCUCCAACAUCCCCAAAACGUGCAUGGUAGGUUAAUUUCACUCUAAAUUGUCCGUAGGUGUGAAUGGUUGUUUAUGUGUGCCACUGCGGUUGGCCGGCGACCAGUUCGGGGUGUAAGAAACAGUCCCAUUGCUAAUAUAGUUGAAGUUAUAUUGGCCAGCACUACUGAUUGUGAAGGCCCUGGGUAGAUCAAAGUCACAUGGCAGCACGUUGAGCCUGAAAUCUGAUAGGACGUAAUUUAACACUGCAGUGUAGCCCAGAGAAACGCUACAAAAUGAAAAGAAUAGACUGUUGGGAAUGAAUGAAUAUGAUCUCAAUUAAGGUCAUAAAUGUAGGCCUGAUAGUGGUUAGACCAGGAGAGACGGCCUUGCUAGCGGUUUAUAUUAGCUAAUGAGACGGCACAAUUUAGAAUCUCACGCUCACGAACACAUUUUCAAAUACAUAAAUAGACAGCUAAAAAAAAUAUUUGGUUUAAUUUCUGAAACGGGUCUUAAACAUGCCGACGUCGUGGAAAAAAAAUACGGAGCAAAUUUGGACAGACGGAAUUGUGCAAAUUGGCUUUCGUUAGCUAAAGCGUUAACGGCUCAUUAGUUCAUUCGUGUCAAUACAAUAGAAUAGACUGCAACACGCAAUAAUUACGAGGUCGUCGUAAAAUGCAACCAGCAGUCAGUGAAUUGCUUUAUUGAGUUUCCAGACAAGUUUAACAACGGGCCCACUUAAAAAAAACAAAAAAAAACAAAAAAAAAACCUCAUAUUAAGGAUCAACAUCACGACUUUACAGUGAAGGUUAUUGGAAAAAUGGGCUGCAACAGAAUGUCCACAAAGCCCUCAACUGAACGUGAGUGCCAAUCAUCACGAGAACCAGCGUCCCUUUGAACCAAAAGGAAAUCAAUGCGAUGAGGAGGGAGGAAAAAAAAAACACGUCUCAUCAUCAGUAAGUCACAGUCAUAGUUUGCUUGGAUAGCUUGUAUUGCACAUGUGUACACAUAUAUGCAUUUUAUAUACACGUGAGUAGACAAUGGAAAAUGUUUUCUCUCUCUCUUGGUUUUUAAAGGACAAAAGGAAUGUGCUUGUGAGGAUUUUCGGUCACGAGCCAAACGAGAGGAAGAGUGGGGAAAAAAAACAGGCAUCAUCCCUGCUUAUCAAAAAAAACUGGUACAACUUUUUCUCAUAAAUCUCCAAAUAUAUAUGUACUCCCACCCCGCCCCUCGCCACCAUGUUAGCAAGACAUACGUGUACGCCACAGUAUCAGACAUGUAAGAAAAGAGAGGAUUAAGUCAUGAGCAUACGUGUUCGUGUGUGUUCAACGGGAUAGAAGUUACACUGUGAACACACCUGGUCUUCCGUGACGUCGACACGUUUCAAUGUACACCAUCUCUCCGUCAAGCAGAAGUCGGCUUCCCAAAUGCAAACAGCAAGUGGCGCAUAUGACCAUUUUGGCUCGGUUAGUAGUUGUGGGUAGAAUAUUGACAUCGUAGCCGUUUAUGGGGGCAAUGUGUUUGACAAGGCACUCAUUGGUUGCCCGUUUUGUUCUAAAGCUGACUCGUGGGGGGAAGAUGUCCAAAUUGUA